AUGACGUCUGUGACUUUAGCACCCGAGCAGGUGCACGCUCUAUUUGAUAUCCUUACACACCACGAAACAUACUCCGAAAUCCAAGCCUUUAAAUAUCCAGAUGCUGUCACAGGCUACGGAUACCCCUUCACAAGAAAGUUUGUUGAAUCAUCGACUACACAGAGCGCCCCAUCUAGUUCAGGAUGGAGAAGUUGGGCUGGAACUCCGGCGAACUCAAGACCUGGGACGCCAAAGGGCAGCAAGGAUACAAAAGAGACAACAAACAGUGCAGAAGAUGACAACAAGCCCUCUACAUCGCCUAUUCUUCACGGCAUGCUAACUAGAUUCAUCUUGAAACUUCCCGGUAUCAAAGAUUUGCCUCGAGAAUUUUGGUCUAUGAGAAUACAGGGGUUGUUGAUGAGACUUGGAGAAGCUGAACUUUCAGAAAGCUAUGAUAAAGGUGCUUUAGGGCUGAGAAAGGUGUUGGCCACGGGUUCAAGUGGCUUGCUUGAGAUGGUCAGUCGAGGAUUUCUUGGCGGUGUCAAGAGAACGCAUCAAACAGAGAAGAAAGAUGCGAAGAGAGUUGAGUACGAUCGCACCAAGGCGACGGAUCUAAUCAAGGCUUGGGACGACGUCGUUGAAGGAUUAGUCUAUGGAGGCUUGGUGGAUGAGAUGUUUGAUCAAUUCAGCAAAACUUCGGACGUUGAGAGUCAUUCUCCUGUUAUCGGCGCGGCAGCAGAAUACGCCAUCAUCCACCUUGCAACUUUCAUCCACCACAUCUUCGUCCUCUCCCCUGAAGGCCAAUAUCUUCUCAAACUUCUCGAGAACAUUCACAAUCUCAUUCCCUACAAGAUGAUCAAGCAGACGCUACGGAUGGGCAGUACCUCUGGUAUGAUCAACGGUAUGAUGCGCCUACUCCUGGCCAAGCUGAGCGUUACGAGCGUUACCAACUGGAUUGGGUUGACCGCCAAUGCGGACGAUGGUAUGAACGUCUUGCAGCGUAUCAUCUCUCUGGUGCUGUCCUGGGAUGCGAGCGAGUUCCGCAAGAGUGCGGAUAAGGUUGAGAAAGCUAAGGAUCGACCCAGUGACGAGAUGCUCGAGGCAAUUCGGCAAUAUAUUGCUCUGAACCGCGAUGAGCAUAAGACUGUUCGACACGCCAGUGAAGAGCACGCUCAGUCAAUCAUCACGGCUAUCUUUAACGGUUCUAACCCAACCUUGGCGACGCAACUCAACGAGCAGAAACACGCGCAGUGUCUUGAGUAUUAUUCUGCCCUCCUUUCCGUUCGUGACCGCGAGAGCAUAACGACAGCUUUCUGUCGCCAACCUCCCGAUCUAUUUACUGCAACUAUCAAGGAUUUAUUUGGGGCAUAUGAGCCCAUGAUCCGUAUGGUGCAUUCUCAAAUAGAUCUUCGCGAACACAUGGAGUCAGCACAGCUAUUCAUCGACGAGUUCAUCAAGACCAGCAAACCGAAGGAGUCGGGCAGCUUGCCAAUGGUCGACGACUAUGUCUCCCUGUUCAUGAGAAACAGAGAGCUCAUGUACAGGUGGGUUCACGCGUUUGCAAAGUCGUGCCCUGAUGUCUGGAAGGAGAUGAAGAAGUGGACUCAAGAUGCUGUUCUCAAGUUCCGUCAGGAGCGGAAGUCUGUGAGCGUCAAGAAGGACGCUAAGAACGAGGAGUCAGGCAAGAUGAGCAAUGGGACAGUUGAGAUGAGUACCAUGGAUGAGAAGCUCAACAAACUAUUCCAGUCAAUCCCUGAGAAGUCUCACAAGGACGUACUAAGCGCUCUGGAUAACCACGCCGCAUACCUCGCACAGGUCGAAGCUCUCUCCAUGUGUCGUCUUCAACGCAUCAUCGACUCCGACGAUUCAGAAUCCGGCAAUAUGUCUGGUCCAGGCAUGUAUCUCUCCCGCUGGCAGAGUCUCCUUGAAGACACGCCCAUCACACCAGCUGCGCCCAAGGGACCUGUUCGCCAUGGCAAAGAUGUCAAGAAUACGAUCACUAUGGGUAAGAUCGGAGUUGAGGGUACAGUAGUGGUGCAGGAGAAGGCGCUCAAGGCGGCAAAGGAAGAAGCUGAAGAGGGGCCUGAGGCACCUAAUGUAGACGCUGUGGUUAAGCAGAUGUCGGAUGGGUUCCGGAAGCUGUUGCAGAAGAAUUGA